CAACACUACUAUAUAACAAAUAAUUUGAGAUUUAUCUACCAUGCCUCGAAGAAGUGGAUUUGGUUCUCGACGAUCUGCGUCACCUGUUUCCAGAUCACCUCCUCGAGCAGCACCUGCCCCUGUGCGAGCAGCUCCCCCUCCGCAACGAGCUGCUCCUGCUCCUGCUCCAGCACCUUCUGCCGUUGCAGCCCCUGCUGCAGCCCCUGCAGCAGGUGGAGGUGGAGGCGGAAUGAUGAGACAAAUUGCAACAACUGCUGCUGGAGUGGCUGGGGGACAUCUUGCUGCUAAUGCCAUUAUGGGCAUGGUAUCUGGCGGAAAGGACGAGGAACCUGCCCCUGCUCCUCAGGCUCAAGAGCCUCAGCAACCAUACCAGCAACCGUACCAGCAACCCUACCAGCAGCCAUACCAAUCUCAACCUCAACAACAAGGUGGACAAGGUGGACCCUGUGGAGUUCAACUACAAGAUUUUAUACAGUGUGCACAGAACAACUACGACAUUUCCCUCUGCAGUGGAUUUAACCAAGCUCUCAAGGAUUGCAAGCUAGCUAAUCCUGGUUCUUGAAGCUUUUAUUUACAAGAUUUAAAGAAGAAAGUUGCUGAAAUUGUUCCAGUGACCAAAUUAUAGUGGCCCUCUAUAUUAUUAUGAUUCGAGAUCUGUUGUGACCCUAAUUGUGUUUUGAUCUCACACUGGGAAUGUACUUUUAAAACAAAUUUUCACAAAAUAUAGUUUCCUAUUCUUGAUGCAUUAAUUAUAUAAUGUUGGAUUUAGGUGAAGGCAAAGAAAUUGUGUCAAGUUUCGUGGAAUGUACAGAAUUAAUUAAUUAUGUUUUUCUACGUCAGCA